AUGACAGGCGAUGUACAUAAAGACCGACACCGACACAUUGCUAGCACUGCCAGGAGCAAGGUGAAAGGCACUGAACUGGAUAGUGCACAUGUGUAUGCAGUGGAGGAUUCGGGAAGAUUCAGAUAUUCUAGUUUCACAUGUAACUCCUCGAUACUGGUAACAUGUACACAUGCAACAACCAGUCUUCCCAGGCUAAAAUCGACAACACUUUCAUGCGAGAGGAGAGCUAGGCAUCCUAUCUUAGACUUAGAUGCUACACCAGACGACGGAACAGUAGUACUGGAAACAGACACGUACAAAGAUCGUUCGAUCGAUGGGAACUGGUACGCUGAUCUGAAGCGAACACAAUCACAAAUCGGAGCGUGCCCCUCCGAUGCGCAUGCCCAUGGGGGUGCCUGGUGUUGUGCAGCCACGUCUGACUUCAAUGCCAAUAUUAGGUCUGGUGGAAUUACAUCGCUAGAAAUGCGGGGAUUUCCUGUUCGAAUGAAUGACAGGUGUCCCCAAGAGUUCUAUGGAGACCUGUGUUGGAACGAGUUACAUAGGGGCCCAGAAAAAUGGUCCACCAAAAUAGAUCCACCAGCAAUUAAUCUUCCUCACAACUUGAAGUUCGGAAUAAUCGAUCAGCCGAGGAUUCUCCUGCGUUUCUCCGUUAUUCAAUCGUUUUGCAUCGUUUUGCGCUCGAGGGCUUGAGCCCUUGAUGUUGGUCAAUGCAGCAUCAUACAAGACAUCAAAAAGGCGCGGGGUUGUGCGCAGAAGGGGGUCUCGGUAUUCCAUCUCUCUCUCUCUGGCCAUUUUUUUAAUAGAGAAGAAAAAACAACGGUCCAACCGAAGAGCGACGGCAGUUUUUGAACCGACAAAUUGAAAGAGUUUGUUCGGAGAAUUAUCGGAAGUAAGCGCG